AUCUGUCAUAUUCAUCUCUUGAGGAUGGUAUCAGAUCACCAGAUGAUAAAUAUCAGUCUUCUUAUGAGUCAUCAAGUUCAGAUUGUAUCUCUGUUCAAGAAAGUGACUGUAAUGAUACUCUUAUAUUGCCAAGUUUGCGCCAAAAAUUACAAGGUUGGGCUGUUAAAUUUAGAAGCAAUUUAACAGUUGAAACAAUAGAAAACUUGCUAGAGAUUCUAAGGGAUGAACAAUUACCAGAUAUACCUAAGUCAGCAGCCACUUUACUAGAGACCAAGUCAAAUCGGAAUGUAACAGUGAUCACAGAAGAAUACAAUGAAAAUGUUAUACGUUUAUUGUUCAACAUUGAUGGAUUACCACUCUAUAAUAAUUCAAGUCAACAGUUUUGGCCCAUAUUAGCACUAGUUCUACACAAUGAAUAUGAAUCGCAACCGUUUAUUGUGGCGGUAUACAGCGGUGAUUCUAAACCAAAAAAUGUAGACGACUACUUGAAGGAUUUGGUUACAGAAUUAAAAAUAUUAAUUUUAAAUGGUCUAACUAUAGGAAGCAGAAAAUUUAGAAUUGAACUAGUUGGCUUUUCUUGUGAUACUCCAGCAAGAUCAUUUAUUAAAAAAUGUAAAGGCCAUGGAGGUUUUUACGCAUGCGAACGUUGUGAGACUAGAGGAAAAACUAAGAACAAAAAGCGAGU